GCUUAUCAAGCCCAGCCACCAACCCUGGAGAUAACAUCCAUCGGGAAUAUCCAUCAGCUUAUCUCGCGCUCUCUUAUCUAACCCUGCCUACAAUACCUAUAGCCUAGGUAGGUAGGUGGUUGAUCCUUAUACCACUUCGUCUUGGAUUUAACAUGUUCAAUCUGAUAAUCAUUUCUUUACAUUAUCUAUAUGCUUAUUCAACACAAUUCCCUUAAGACUUCUCUAGAAGUCCUAUGAGUGAGAGCUUCAGUACCCCUUGCGGUACUAAUAUGCAUCUUAUUCCUCGAUCCUAUCAAGAAGUUAUAUAAAUUCCCUUUCCGUUUAUUUAUGGUUACUAUCAUUAGGAGUACUAGUAGAGGAAACUAGCUGUCUAUCAUUCACAGUCUCUCGGAGCUCUACCGCCCUUGUUUCAAACAUAACGACUUGACCCCUACUUCAUCAUGGAGCCAAGCAAAGAUGAUAAAGAAGGGAAGUCCCUUCAAGCAGCCGACGUCGAUGCGGCGCUGGAAUAUCUCAACCGUGAGGGAAUGACCGUGAUGACUGAAAUUAACGAGAAAGCACUCGUUAGAAAGAUUGAUCUAAUGAUUAUACCUCUCAUGUGGGCCUGUUACAAUCUCCAAUACCUAGAUAAAACAUUGAUUAAUUACGCCAAUGUAAUGGGACUUCAAGAGGAUACGUCCAUUACGGGAAACCAAUUUUCUCUACUAGCUACCCUUUUCUACAUAACCUAUCUCGCAUUCGAGUUCCCAACAGGAUAUCUUAUGCAAAGGCUUCCUACAGCCAAAUACCUUGGAGCAAAUGUCAUUCUUUGGGGGUCGGUGGUUACGUUGAAUUCGGCUGCAAAGAACUGGGCCGCUCUAGCAGCUCUCAGAACUCUGCUAGGAUGUUUCGAGUCAGCGGUAGCUCCAGCACUCAUUCUGGUAACUAGCAUGUGGUACAAACGAUCGGAACAGCCCGCACGCCUUAGCUUUUGGUAUGUGGGAACGGGAACAGGAUCAAUCAUUGGAGCCCUCACUUCUUUCGGAUUUCAGCAUUACCAUUCGGAGAUAUUUACAUCGUGGCAGAUCAUGUUUCUUCUCUUCGGUCUUAUCACCGUCGCCAUCGGGAUUUUAACCAUGAUAUUCCUGCCCGAUAACCCGAUGAAGUCUCGACUCACUCGCGAGGAGAAAAUAUGGGCGAUAGAGCGGCUUCGUGAGAACCAGACCGGAAUUGAGAAUAAACACUUCAAGAGAUAUCAGGUUUGGGACUGUUUUACUGAUCCCCAGACGUGGCUCAUCGUUCUCAUCACCAUCACAUCGAACAUACCAAAUGGUGCUGUCAGUAGUUAUCAGGCCACCAUCAUUAAAGGCUUCGGAUACACGUCUAAACAGACAGCCUUAUUACAGAUCCCAUCUGGUGUACUAUCUUGUAUAUCAGUCAUUGGAGCGGGUGUAAGUUCCGCAAAACUCAAUGCCCGUGGGCCGAUUAUUGUAACCCUCCUACUCAUAGGAGGCAUUCUUGGAGGCAGUCUAUUGGCGUUCUCGGAUAUAACCAAUAAGGGCGCACUCUUGACGGGGAAUUACUUAACCAAUGUCAUAGGGGCGACUCUGCCACUUAUCUACUCGUAUUCGGCGGCUAACUACGCCGGUCACACGAAGAAAGUGACGAUGAACGCGGUACUGCUCAUCUCAUUUUGUUUAGGAAAUAUCAUCGGACCCCUUACCUUCCGCGAUGCGGACAAGCCCGGAUAUCUGCCAGCGAAAAUCGUUAUUGUGGUAUCGACGGCUGUAUCCUUGCUCGCAACCGGUGUUCUCAUGACUUACUACGUUUGGGAGAAUAGGAGACGCGACCGUCUUCACUCGGGCCUUUCUCAUGACGAGAAUAGCGAGUUUUUCGACCUAACAGACCGCGAGAAUAAAGAGUUUCGAUACCGGUGGUAAUUAUAGUGGUAAUCGACCGCGAGGAACUUCUCUUUCAAAACAAAUUGGACGGAUAUGGAAAUAACUUGAAUGAUUUAUAUGAGAUUUAAAAUGAAUUAUAUCUAUUUCGCUACUAUUGUAUGUAUCUAAGCGACUAUAUUUACCCUGCCUCUCGAAAGGGGAUCCCGUUACCCAAGGAGGUCAAUUAAUAACCCGAUUAAAC